CAAAGUGCACUCCUGUGCUUCUCUGUCGCAAGAGGGCUCGCGCAAUCGCGAGGGUCGCAUUUUAGGUUAACAUUUGUAUGUGCCGGCUGUUUCAAGCAUCAAAACAAACUCGAGAAAUUUUUACAUUCUAGCGAUCGCUCCUGACGCCUUUAAAUCGACGUACAAGUUGAAAUAAUUGAGACAACAUGAGCCGCAGGAAAAGAGCGAAGGUGGAGUACAGAGAAAUGGAGGAAAAAUAUAAUCAGUUGGAAGAUGAGAAUGCCUCGGAUACAUCAGAGAAAUCUAAAACUGGUCUUGUAACGCCAGAGAAGAAAGUUUCCACUGAAGUGAAAAAAGAAUCUGAAUCUACGGUGCCUGCACCUGUACCUUCCGCUUCAAAAAGUGAAGUCAAAGAGGAAGAUGAGCAAGACAGUGAUCAUGAAGAUCCACAUGUGAAGGAAUUAUUGAAUGGCUUGGAAGGUGCAGCCUUUCAAAGUCGCCUUCCAUUUGACAAAUUGACAUCUACCGAAGCUGCAUGUUUUCCUGAUGUUUCUGGUGGACCACCGCAAACACAGAAAGUCUUCCUACACAUCAGGAACAGACUUUUACAAAUAUGGUUGGAAAAUCCUAAACAACAAUUGAUCAUCGAGAGUGCAUUACCACAAGUUGAGCCACCUUAUAAUAGCGACACUGUGCUUACUCGUAGGAUUCAUGCCUUUUUAGAACGACAUGGUUUUAUAAACUUUGGAAUCUUUAAACGCAUAAAGUCCUUACCGAAAAAAUUAGGUAAAGUCAUUGUAAUCGGUGCUGGUAUUGCUGGGUUAGCUGCAGCUCAGCAGAUGCAACAAUUUGGCUUAGAAGUAAUUGUCUUGGAAGCUAGAGAUCGUGUUGGUGGUCGAAUCGCUACAUUUCGUAAAUCAAAUUAUAUUGCGGAUUUGGGAGCUAUGGUGGUCACAGGUUUAGGUGGAAAUCCUGUAACGACGCUUAGUAAACAAAUUAAUAUGGAACUACAUAAAAUUCGACAAAAGUGUCCAUUGUAUGAAAGCGAUGGUCAAACGGUUCCAAAAGAUAAAGAUGAAAUGGUUGAAAGAGAGUUUAAUAGAUUACUGGAAGCCACCUCUUAUCUUUCGCAUCAACUAGAUUUUAAUUAUGUAAACAGUGCAGGAUCUGGAGGACAAAGCGGUAAUACACGUCCAGUGUCUUUGGGUCAAGCAUUAGAAUGGGUAAUACGUUUGCAAGAACAAGGUGUAAAACAACGCCAAGUAGCGCAUUUGCGCUCUGUACUCUCCUUGCAAGGACGAUUAGUUACUAAUCAACACAGAAUGAUUUCCAUUAUGGAUCGUUUGGUGGAACUGAAUAAACAAUACAAAGAAAUGACGGAAAGUAAAUUACAAACUCGAGAUAUAACGCAAGAGUUUGUGCUCCGAUCCAAGUUACGCGAUCUCCAUAAUGCUUGCAAGGAAUGGGAUCAGUUAUCAGAUCAACAAAAGGAAAUCGAAGCAAAGCUGCAAGAAUUGGAGGCAUCACCACCAG